AUGUCAAUGACAAUUUCACCACCCCGGUUGAAGCCAGAAAUUCGGCUGGCACAGGCGGUUUCCAUGUUCGAAGCUGACCUGCCUGACAAUCAAAAAAUAGCGUUCCAGAAUGAGAAGGCUCAGAUGCGAGGGAAACCUCCCGGUGCGCAAGAUGUUUUACGUCUUACUGCAGAGAUAGAUCAACUGGCAUUGGGAUCCAAGCGACGUUGUUUUGGUGCUCGAAUGAUGAACGUUCUCGAAGCGGUUCAACGGUUCGCUGCGAUGGGUGAUAUCAUUGUCGGAGGCUCCCAGAAUCUGAUAGCCUGUGGCGUGUGGGCGGUCCUCAGAUCAUCAUUGCUGCUCGUGACGAAAUACACUUCUUACAUUGAGAAGCUGUCGACGCUGUUCAUGGUGGCUGGUCGAUCUGCGCCACGUUAUGAAAAAAUGGCUCUUCUAUACCCACGAUCGAAGAACUUACAGUCUUACAUGUGUGACUACUUUAUCACCGUUGUGCAAAUAUGUCACAAGACUUUGAGGUUUUCGCAGAAGUCAACGAUUGGACAGCUGAAAGCGACUAUGAAUGAGGGAGAACUGAAUUCAUUUCAAUUGACCCUAGAACGCUGGGCCACGAAUAUCAAGGAAGAAAUGACGCUGCUGGUGGCUGAGAAAAUUGAUGAAGAGUCUGUCAAAACUUCGAAAUUUCAAAAUGCAUUAUGGAAGAAAAUCAUCAAGACCGAAAAUGAGAUCAUGCAGUGGAAGAUUGAUGCACGUUUACAAGUACUCAACUUCUGUUCAAAAUUUGAUCACAUAGUGAUCUGGAAACAAACUCGAAAGGCGGGCACUUCAACUCUUUUCCGAGUAUGUCCAGAGUAUAUUACCUGGAAAGAUCCUGCACUUUGUUGCAUUUCCUGCACACUCGCAUACACGGGCAAACUUGGCGCUGGAAAAUCAGUGAUUCUAGCCAAUAUGGUUGAGGACUUACACCUUCAUUGUCCAGAUUUCUUGGUGGCUUAUUUCUUUUGCCGGCACGAUGUCGCUCAAUCGCUCAAGGCUCGCACCGUCAUUGGAUCCCUCAUCCGACAACUACUAAGUAGUGUUGAAGACCUCACGUUUGUAGCAGAAGCUUUGAAUCAAUGCGCCGAAUUGGAUGAAUUCACGAGGAUGACAUGUCUCCUCGAACACGCCUUUCCAUCCCGAUCACUGCAGUGUUUCAUGAUAGUUGAUGGCCUAGAUGAUUUGGAGAACUCUGAACGACUCAAAACGAUGGCGGAAUUAGUCAAGCUCCAAGAAAAUUUCAACAUACGCAUUUGUGCGUCUUUUCGCUCGGAUCCAACAAGUUAUGACCGGAGGAUAGACUCAGUGGGCUUUGUGUCAGCUACGGUGAUACCCAUCCCGGAAAAUAGCUCUGAGAUUCAGGCUUUCAUUCUAGAGGAGCUAGAGGACUGUCUUGAAUCACAAAGGCUAGUUGUUGGAGACCCCACUCUAAUCUUGGAGAUCCGAGAUGCACUUUUUCAUGGAUCUCAAGGGAUGUUUCUGUGGGUUGCCCUGCAGAUCGAAACCCUGUGUACUAUGAAGACCGACUAUGAGCUCCGUCAGGCGCUCCAGGUCUUGCCCAAAGAUCUGGCUGGAACAUUUUCUCGCAUCCUCCAGCGGCUUGAAUGGAAAGAGCCCUCUCAGCAAGGAUCAAUUCUCAAGUUAGUCAUUGCUGCUCGGCGUCCGUUAACGGUAUACGAGAUGCAAGAGGCAUUGAGCAUUGUCCCGGGUGAGACAGAAUGGGACCAGUCAAAAAACCUCAACAAUAUCUACAAAACUCUAGCAAGCUGUGGUUGUCUAAUCAAUAUCGACGAAGAGGAACUGACAGCACGACUCGUCCAUCCCAGUUUGAAACAAUUUCUACUUGAUUCUCACGCACGGACAACGAAAGCUCCAUUGAGUCUUACAUUGGACACCGCGCAUAGAUAUAUGGCUGAUAUCAUUAUUACAUACCUCAGCUAUAAUGUGUUCGACAGACAAAUAUCUCGAACCGUCAUCCCCAAAAUCAAUGCCAGUGCAGCAACGGCUACAAUUCUCCAAUCGACUUUUCCCUCUUCCACCAGUAUCCGUCAUCUAGCUAUCAAAUUACUCAAAGCUAAAUCAGAAACCGGCCUUGAUCUCUCUAAAACUCUUGCCCAAGUCCGUCCCCUCUGUCAAGGCCACGCGAGUCACACAUUCUCGUUCUACCAAUACGCUUAUUCCCACUGUCACUCCCACUUUACUCGUACGACCGAGCAACACAGAAAUAUGGACAAGUUGCUCACCAAGCUGUUUACAAGCGGAGUACUUAACAUCAAUGCCCUGGACGACGAAGACCUCACACCCCUAAUGCUGGCAUCGAUCCUAGACAAUGGAAAUGCCGUCCGAUUCUACCUCGCACAGGACUCCGUGGACGUCAAUUUCAGAUCCGAAGCAGGCCUCACUGCACUCCACUUAGCUCUCCUUCACAAAAGAUACCAAGCUUUCACCACGAUCUUGGGAUUCGCCAAUACAAACGCCAACCUCACGGACAAAGAAGGUCGGACGCCUCUCAUCCUAGCAGCAAAUUCGGGCGAUACAGAAACAGUCGAAACAUUAAGUGAAAGCUUCGCGCGUCAUCGCAUCCGUACCGUGCCAUUGGAUGUCAACUGCGUUGACAGCCAUGGCGAGACGGCAUUACAUAUUGCUGCGCGCCUCGGAUUCCUUAGUAUGGUUGUUGUUCUCCUUGCCAUGCCCCAAGUAGAUGUGAAUGCUAAGGACGUGGAUGGAAAUACGCCUUUGCAUAAAGCAAUUCGCGGGGAAUAUGAUGAUAUUGUCGAACAGUUCCUUCUCUGUGAUAGAGUGCAGGUUAAUGCCGAGAAUAAUCAUGGACGGAAUGCGUUGUCUAUGGCUGUUUUCUCGGGGAAUGAGGAUAUAGCUCGGCUUUUGUUGCAAUGUUCUCGGUUGGAUGGGGGUUCUAAGGAUAGGCUGAGGCAGAUUUUGGUUAGUCCUGCUGCUGAAAUGUAUAUACAGGGGGGAUUGACGAAUGUGGUUUAA